UCAUCCUUCAUAAACCAAAACUCCCCUCUAUUGGCAAAGUUCUCCAGGUGUUUAAUUUUUUGAUUAGAAACUCUAAUAUUUGAAACAGAUAAAUUUUCUUGAUUAAUUUCCUCACCUCGUAUUUAUCCAUAUCUCCCUCCUGAAAUCUCUCCCAAAUCAUUCUGAUUGAUAUUGAUAUCCAUAAUAAAAUCAUGCUCCUUUCUUCAUCUCAGUCAUCAUCCUAAUCCAAAAUAACAAGAUUUUUGGAUUAAGUUCAAGUUUAACAAAUCAACUGAUCACAGGUUUGUGCAUUCUUCAAGAAUCAAGAUUCUUCUCUGGUUGAUGGAAGAAGUUGAAUUCAAGAAAGUUCAUGAUCCGUAUCUUCAACCCAAGAUGAUAACUUCAACAAACUCAGACUCCCUACCUCGCCGUGUUUGGGUGCCAGGGCCGGUCAUUGUCGGAGCUGGUCCUUCAGGCCUUGCCACCGCCGCUUGUCUCAAGAACCACGGCGUCCCAGCCAUGAUUCUUGAACAGGCAAACUGCAUAGCUUCUUUAUGGCAAUUCAAAACCUAUGAUCGACUUCGCCUUCAUCUUCCAAAACAAUUCUGCCAGCUUCCGCUUAUGUCCUUUCCUGUAGAUUUUCCAACCUACCCUACAAAAGAACAGUUUUUAUCGUACCUUGAAUCCUACGCGAAAAACUUUGAAUUGAAGCCAGUUUUCAAUGCCACAGUUUUAAGUGCAGAAUAUGACGAUGGGUGUCGGUUCUGGAGGGUGAAAACGAAGGGUACUGAGUAUGUUUGUCAAUGGCUAAUUGUUGCGACUGGUGAGAAUGCUGUGGAAGUUGUGCCUCGAUUUGAGGGGAUGGAUGAGUUCAAUGGACCAAUAGUACACACUAGUUCUUACAAAAGUGGCGAGGGUUUUCAAAAUAAACGAGUUCUGGUUGUGGGGUGUGGUAAUUCUGGCAUGGAAGUUUGUUUGGAUCUCUGCAAUUCUAACGCUUUUCCUUCCCUUAUCGUUAGGGAUUCAUUGCAUGUGUUGCCACAAGAGAUGUUUGGGAUAUCAACUUUUGGUAUAUCGAUGUGGCUGCUUAAGUGGUUUCCUGUGCGAAUAGUUGAUCAGCUCUUGCUUUUCAUAUCACGCUGUAUGCUCGGUGACACGAGUCUUCUUGGCCUCACUAGACCAAAACUUGGUCCACUCGAACUAAAGGGCAUUUCUGGAAAAACACCCGUAUUGGAUGUAGGCACGCUCGCAAAGAUCAGAAGUGGCGAUAUCAAGGUUUACCCAGCAAUAAAGAGACUAGAAUGUAACAUUGUGGAGUUUGUAGAUGGCAGAAAGGAGAAAUUUGAUGCCAUAAUUCUAGCUACGGGUUAUAGAAGUAAUGUUCCCACUUGGUUGAAGGACACGAAUCUAUUCUCAAAAAAAGAUGGAUUUCCUAAGAAAAAGUAUCCAGAAGGAUGGAAAGGAGAAAGAGGGUUAUAUGCAGUAGGAUUUACAAAACGAGGUUUGUUUGGUGCGUCCAUGGAUGCUUCCAGGGUUGCGAAAGAUAUUUCACGUCAAUACUCAGAUGGAAAAUGUGUGUGUCUACAACGGACAUAGAACUAGUAUAGAUUUAUAUAUAGAGAUUAUUAUUUUUACGUGCGUGUUCUUAGUUUCAUUAGGGAAUGUGUUUUAUGUUUGCUAAAUGUACAUAAACAUUAAGUUUGUACAUAGUUCUUGUUGUCCAUAGCUAGUAACUAGGGUAAAUUUUGAGGUAUAUAAAUAUGAAUGUUUAUUUCCUUUAUGCUUUGAAAUAGGGGAUUUUAACAAUCCAAUAAUUUUGCGUUGUAUUUUUUAUCUCCCAUAGUGCUUUGGGUUAA